UGACACAUCACGCACCGCAGAGGAAGAAAUAACAAAAGAGAGAGAGAGAGAGAGAGAGUGAGUGUAAUUCCAAAACCCAAACAAAACAAACGUGACGUUGUUGGAUAUGUAGUAGCAGCAGCAGAAGAAACAAACUGCAGCACCCACCCACCCUUCUUCCUCUUCUCUCAUCUCCGCCUCCACACACCACACCCUCACCCUCACCCUCACCCUCACCUCACUCUCUCUCUCCUCUCCGCUCCUCCCUCCACUCUCUCUCUCUCUAAAACCGUUUCUUCUCCUCUCUCUCCUCACGCCAUUGUCACCUCUCUCUCUAUCUCGGAAUUCACCGGAGAAAGAGUUUGUUGCCUUCGCUGUUGCUGUUGUUGCUGAAGAAGAAGAAGAAGAACCAUGGAGUCGACGGAAUCUUCCUACGUAUCUUCACCGGAGGGACCGAGGAAACACCCUGCUUCACCUCCUCCAGAUCCCUCUUCUCCAGAAUUCGUGGAAAAGCCCACAUAUGUUCGGUUUCUCGUAUCAAACUCUGCAGCGGGUUCUGUUAUUGGAAAGGGUGGUUCAACUAUUACUGAUUUUCAGUCACAGUCUGGAGCACGAAUUCAGUUGUCACGCAAUCAUGAAUUCUUUCCUGGAACUACUGAUAGGAUUAUCAUGGUAUCUGGUUCAAUUAACGAAAUACUAAGAGCUGUGGAGCUUAUUCUUUCUAAGUUGCUCAGUGAGCUUCAGAGUGAGGAUGAGAAUGAUGCUGAGCCAAAAACAAAAGCGAGGCUUAUUGUUCCUAACGGUUCUUGUGGUGGAAUAAUUGGCAAGGGAGGUGCUACUAUUAGGUCAUUCAUUGAAGAAUCUCAGGCUAGCAUUAAGAUAUCUCCUCAAGAUAACAAUUACUAUGGACAGAAUGAUAGGCUAGUGACACUGACAGGAACUCUUGAUGAGCAGAUGCGUGCAAUUGAUCUAAUUGUUUCCAAGUUAGCUGAGGAUCCUCACUAUUCACAGUCCAUGAAUUCUCCAUUUUCAUAUCCUGGUGUUUACAUGUCGCCAGGUUAUCCUGGUGUUCCAUAUACAUAUGUGGUUCCACCUGUUGCACCACCGGCAUACAAUGCAAUGAAUUACAGAUCUAAUGGCGCUGGAGGAAAGUUUCAGAACAGCAAGGAGGAGCGGAGUAACUCACUGACCAUUGGCGUUGCAGAUGACCAUGUAGGGUUGGUUGUUGGUCGUGGUGGAAAGAAUAUAAUGGAUAUUAGUCAGAUUAGUGGGGCAAAGAUAAAGAUAUCAGAUAGAGGCGAUUACAUAUCUGGAACAACUGAUAGGAAAGUUACCAUAACAGGAUCGCAGAGAGCAAUUCGUACAGCUGAAUCCAUGAUUGUGCAGAAGGUUGCUUAUGCUACUGAGAGAGUGGUCGAGUAGUUUGCAGGUUGACUUGUCUACUGUUCAAUGCUUGAUGAACCUGUUUGCUAAUUGCUUAUACAUUUGCUGAAUUUUUUGGGAUUUGUCUACGUAAAUUUAUAUUCAUAUGGUAAACUUUUGGAGAUUUUCAUUGUAGUGGGAGAGGUUUUUUUUCUUUUUUCUUUGAAUUGAGAACGGUCUUAUAGAUUUCUUCACGAACCCCUUGGAAAGACAAAAGCGAUUGGAAAUGGCAUUUGUGCUUUUCCAAGUGUAGUAUUCUAGAACUUAAAUUCUUUUGUUGUAAGUCAACAGUUGCUAAUAUCAUAUACACCACGGUCCUUGCUA